CGGGUUGGUCGGAAUUUCACGAUCUCCGUUUCAAAUCGUCGCGCUUAUACGCCACGGUAGGUCAUUCAUCCGUUUGUUUUUGUUGCCUUUACGCGCGCGAGAUAUUAUCGCGAACUCCAAUCGCGUGUCUCUCCGGCACGGGCGCGCGUUCGUCUCGAAGGAAGAUAUUCCGUAUAAAAAAUCGUUCGCCGGCGAAUAUGGUAGAUUCUCGCGACGAUGAUCAUCCGGUAUUACGUUCCGCGUGAAGUGCGUUGCUCUCGAUCCGGCCGGAUUGGCGACCAAGUGAAUCCGAUAGUGUGACGUGUGUCGCGCGAGAUCAUCCUCCAUUCUUCUUCCUCUUCCUCCUUCGUCCUCCUCUUCAGUUGCAUUAUUGUUGAUCGUCCCUGGUACACACGCUCUCGUCUCAUCUCUACGCCCGCUUAUUAUUUUGCUGCGCAUUAUUCAUUCAGCCACACGGAUACACGGCGACGGGGGAACGCGGCGUCGUUAGACAUCGGACACACAGGCCCGACGACCAGCCGCGAACCACGACAUGGAUUUCGUCAUAUUGAAGGUGAACGGACAAGACAUUUCGAACUCUAGUCACGAGGAUGCUGUGCGUUGCUUCCAGUCGGCUAAGGAGCCAAUUAUCGUUGAGGUUCUUAGACGACAGCCGAGCGGGCAUCAACCGAUUCCCAACACGCCCUCGAAGGAGCAGCAGCACGAAAAAAUUACGUGUCAAGAUAAAAACGAGGGAACGAAGAACGGUACGAUCGACGAGCGAACGUGCAACGACGAUGUUAAAAAGGACACGGCUGGUUCUUCUUUGGUGUCGACUGCGGUUCAAACCGACUGGGCCGGUCUCAUAGAGGAAGAGGAAUUGCUUCCGGUUCCGCUUGUCGAGGAACAAGCGAACGACAGUUUUGAGGAUUUCCUCGCGCACGAUAUCGACUUUGAGGAGGUGACGUUGCGGAAAACCGGAAGUGCCGAGAAGCUCGGGCUAACGGUGUGUUAUAGCUCCGGUUCCGGCAGCGAGGACGCCGACACGGAGGUUUAUAUCUCGGAAAUAGUUCCUGAAAGCCUUGCAGCGCGGGACGGUCGAUUGCGGGAAGGAGACCAAAUCUUACGGGUCAACGGCAGGGAUGUUGCGAACAAGGAACAGACCGAGAACUUAUUCGCGGAAACGAAGACCGCUGUGACAAUUCUCGUUAGUCGAUGCGUAUAUCCGGACGACGAGUACGAUGACAGGCACAUCUAUCAUCAAUGCUCGCCGCCACUUUCACCGGAGAACUUGCCGGCGUAUCAGAACAGCAUGAUCGAGCAGUUGAUCCGUCAACAGCAGCAGCAAACGGAAGAGCGUACCAAAGAGAGCGAAGUAAACAACUGCACCCUCAAAGCUGCGCCACCCAUACCUUCUCACACUCAGCAGCAACAGCAGCAGCAACAGCAACAGCAACCACAACAACAACAGUCUGUCAACGUUUUCUCUACAAACUCAUCGUCUACGUGUUCGUCGCAAAACUCACAGAAGUCCAGCAAGAACGCGAUCUCGCCGGCUCAUCACACAGACGAGCGCGGCAAGCAGUGGAUGCAGGACACGCUGAAAGAUUGCACGAAAAGGCUCGACGUUAUUUCUCUGCGCGGACAACAACAACCCGCGUCGCCGGCGGCGGCGGCGGUGGUGCCGCCGUCGGUUAAGCUCGUCGAGGCGUAUUCGAGCCACGUCUGGAGCGAGACCGAGCACAUCUACGAGACGAUACCGGAAUCGGACAGCGAGCCGAUCUACUCGUCGCCGUACGAACAUCAUCAGCACUGGCAACAGUCGAACCACGUCGCUACGCAGCUGCAGCAGCACGGCAACACGCAGAAUCAUCUGACCAGCCAGCCGAAUCAAAAGUGGCACUCCUCGUCGAAGAGCAACAGUUCAGGCGAGGAGAAGGACAGCUCGAGCGCGUACAACACCGGGGAAUCAUGUCACAGCAAUCCACUGACUCUGGAGCUUCAUCAAGGCGAGAGAGAUCAUCACAAGAGCACGCUGGUUCUGUGUCCGCCGAAGACACCCUCGCAUCCGCAACAGCAGCAGCAACAACAACAACAACAACAACAAAAGUUGUUCUGCAACUGUCCGAUGCCGGUAACGCCGAGCGCGACAUCCGCAACGACCAGGCAACAAUUGUCGAAGAAUCAGAGCGUUCGAAAGAGCUCGUCGUCGUCGCAUCAUCACAGAGACCGCAUCGAGCCCGCAAUGAACGCCAAUACGCUGCCGGCCGAUACCAUGUACACGAACGUUGCGAACUUGCAACAGACGAUGUUGCUGCAGCAGCAGUUGUUCAAACAGGCGCUAAACCGCAGGAACUUCGUCACCAACAGAGAGACAUCGGCGGGCGGCGCGAGAAAGUCCAAGUCGCACGGUAACUUUCAGGCGCCCAAUUUGACGCAGUAUCAGUUCGUCGGGAGUCAGCAAGUGUGCAUGUCCACGUGGACGCCGCCGGAGGAGAAAGGCGAGGUGCAGAUGGAGUGGAAAGUGAAGAGGAGAUCGGACGGCACGAGAUACAUCGCCAAAAGGCCCGUGAGAAAUCGAAUACUGCGGAACCGAGCGAUCAAGAUAUCAGAGGAGAGAGCCGGUCACACAACCGAGGACGACACGUUGUCGGAGAUGAAGGUCGGACGUUACUGGAGCAAGGAAGAGCGCAAACGUCAACUGGAGCGCGCGCGCGAGCGCAAGCAGCGGCAACAGGAGUUAUUGCUGCAGCAGCAGCAGAUGCAAACCAACGACCUGUUGAUAUGCGAACACACGGAAGACAAGGUGUCGAAGAAGCCGUUGAGUAUCGUUGAGCUCAGUCACAAGAAGAUGGCGCGUAAAAAGACGACUCUGGACGAUUUCACCACCGUGCAAGAAAUGUUGGUUCACGGGAACAGAGUUGGAGCGAGCGGUCCUGGCACGGGGGGAAAAUUAAUGGGUCUGCUGUCGGUUACCACAGUGUAAGCGAGAAACUGCUGAUCGUGAAAAAUACAUCUUUUUCGCGGAAACUUUCUGAGAAAAACAAAAAACAAAAAAACAAAACAAAAGAAAAAGAAACACUUUCGCGCGAUAAAUUUAUAUAUUCGCUCCGAGUUAUCUCUGCGUGAUACUUUGUAUAUCUCCUUGAUACCCUCUUCUUGUACGAAUACAGCGUAUCCCGCUCUCUCUUCCCGAGAACGCUGCGUAGAGACGCUACGUAGAUCGUUUUACACGUUCAUAGAAAAACGGGGGGAGUAUUCUGCGAACGGAGAUCGGUGUUUAUAGGUUUGUAGAUAUGUAUGAUAAAGCGGUGUAUCGUGACGUGACGCGUAUCAAUAUUCUUCCCGCUUUGUACGAUAAAAAAGAAAAAAAAAGAAAAAAAAAACGUUAUCAUCUCAACGUUGAUUUUCACUGUCAAAACCGAUCGAAUCACAAGCUAAGUUUGUUUUAUUAUACGGCUCAAGAGCGCGCACUCGAAGAGCGGUACACGCCCCGGUCUGUGAACUGAAUCUUCGUGGACAUCGAAUAGUGUGAUUAAAACAAAAGAAAACAACGCUAUUGUUUUAACGAGCGGUUAAACGGCGCCGCCUCCUCGUCCGUGUGGGGAUUUGCAGCAGCGCCUCGAUUUUUUUUACACAGGUUUUUGUGAAAAACACGCGAAAACGAUGAAAAGAAAAAAGUGCGCGAAGAAACGCGUCGAAGAGACGCAACAAUUGAGAAAGAGAAACGAUCCGAGAUUUGUCUCUCUCGAAAAAACUACGUACGUCGCGUGCAACUCGCGCGCGUAUCGAGCCGAUUUGCUAUUACUUUUGAGAGUCCUUGUUUUUUUUUUUUUUUUUUUUCCAGCCUAGAAGAGAUAAUCACUCGAGUGUAUUAUUAUUAUUAUUAUUACUGUGUUUACACACACAAUUGUUCUGCGACUCUAUACAUGUAUAACGUAUAUGGAAGACAGAAUUGUGAAUAGGAGUGUGAAUCAAAUGCGACGCGUAUAAUAUAAAAGUUAAACUCUGUCGCGUUAUUUCUCCGCUGCGUAAGGUGUGUGCGAGGCGUUCGAGAAAAAAAAACGUCUAUGUUAGAUACAGUGUACCGUUGUAGGAAAUAUGUUGUAUACGUUCUAAAUUAUAUAUAUUAAAUAACAAAUACGUAAUAAAGCACACGCGCAAAGAAUCGCUCGCGCGGCUCACAUACCCGGUCUUUUUGUAAUGUAGAUGCCGACGUGACGAUUCCACGCGUGUGUGUAAAUGUAAAUAAAAAUCCACGAAUAAAAUAUAACAUUAA